UAGGAAGGUAAUGUAUCCAUCAGAUAUAAGACUAGCGAUGCGCGCGCUCUUGUAGACUGUAGAACAAUAGUUCUUACACCAAAUUCCAUAACACGUUCGUUAUCACCUCGAUUCGCCAUGGGUCUUCGCCACUCUUUCAAGCCCCAAGGUGCACUUCGCCUUUUUUCCAACAUUGUCGUUGCUGGUUCUCUUCUCUCUGGCGCAGUAGCUCAGGAUGAUUCUACUAGGCUCCGAGACUGCUUGAGCAACACUAGCAUCCUGCCCUCCCUAACCACCUUUUCUGAUGCCAUAAACUGGGAGACCGUCACCUCCCCAUGGGCCCUACGAUUCAAUCCUGAACCAGCCGCUGUUGUUGUGCCUCGCAAUAGGGAUGAAGUGGCUGCUGCUCUAGCUUGUGCCGUCGAAGCAGGUGUAAAGGUUUCGCCAUUGAACGGAGGACAUUCCUAUGGAGCCUAUGGCCUUGGAGGGGUUGACGGCGCACUUGUGAUCAACAUGGAGCGCUUCACCGAAACCACUUUUGACUCGGCAAAGAACCUGUUCACUUACGGCGGCGGAAGCCGAGUUGGACCUGCCGCAACAUGGCUCUGGGAAAACCAUGGGCGUCACUUCCCUCACGUCAGAGCCAACUGGGUCGGUCUCUCCGGUUCGUCCAUUGGGGGUGGCUUUGGUACCACCAGUCGUUUCCUCGGCACCCCGAUGGACAACCUCGAUAGUGUUGACGUGAUGCUCUAUAAUGGCACUAUCGUGACUGCCUCCCGCACGGAGAAUCCCGACCUGUUUUUUGUCAUCCAAGGCGCUGGCUCAUCCUAUGGUAUCAUUCUCUCUCUGACUACCCGUACCUGGAAGCCAGAGUUUGAGGUUGCCACCAAUUUCACAAUCUCGCUCGGUGCUGUAGACAUUGAUACCGGUGUCCAAGCCUUGAUGGAUAUCCAAGAGUGGGCCAUGACUGAAGCUCCCGAUACCUUCGCUCUGCGAUGGCAGCUUGCUGGCGAGUGGAAUGGCAGCGGCUACUUCUACGGUAACCCAGAUGAGUUCGAUGCCCUCUUCGCAAGCCUUGUUAAACGCCUCCCCAACACCACGACUACGACCAAAACAACUGCGGACUUCUGGGCCAUGGAGAACUUCGCCGCUCCCCUACUCAACGGAACCGCCGACACCUUCCCUCCGCGUAGCAUGUACCUGCAAGCCCUUGUUCUUCGCAAGGACCAACCUUUCACAUUUGAGUCCGCUAAGGCUCUGUACCAGUACACCACCCUCGCGUUCAACCGCACUGACCUGACCGAGUUCGGCUUCCUGGACCUGUGGGGCGGUGUCUCCCGCGAUGUCGAUGACUCCAAGCAAGCCAUGGCAUACUCCAACAACCAAUGGCUCAUCCGCUGGGAGGGACGUCUCGCCAACGGCCUGACUCAGUGGCCCGCUGACGGUAUUGAGUACAUGCAAGCUGGUUUCAGACCGUUCAAGGAGCAGCUGAAGAAGGAGGGUAUACCGCUCAGGGGUUUCGUCAACUACCGAGACACUGAGCUUUCUCUUGAGGAGUGGAGCGUCAGACUCUACGGUGACAACUUUGAGAAGAUGAAGAGGAUCAAGUCGCAGUUGGACCCUCAGGGAGUGUUUACCACCCAUGCGCAGAGUAUCCCCUCAUCGUGAGCAGUU